AUGUUGUUGUUCAUCAUUGAUCAGCUCUCGUCUUCCUUAAUUCUUCUUCCAUUGUUCAUCUUGGUGGUCUCCAUUCUUUCAAAAUGGUAUUUCUUUCCGUCAAAACCCCUAAAAAACAUACCACCUUCUCCAUCGAAGCUUCCAAUCAUCGGAAACCUCCACCAACUAGGUUCAAGCCCCCAUCGUUCCCUCCAAGCUUUAGCCAAGAAACACGGCCCUCUCAUGUUACUACAUUUUGGUCGUGUGCCGGUGGUUGUGGCCUCCUCUGCUGACGCAUCUCGAGAAAUCAUGAAAACCCAUGAUUUAAUCUUCGCUAAUCGAGCAAAAUCAAGCGUGCCAAGCAUACUUUCAUACGAUGCUAGGGACAUUGCUUUUGCAGAUUACGGAGAGUAUUGGAGACAGAUCAAAAGCAUUGCUGUGCUUCAGCUUCUAAGUCAAAAAAGAGUUCAAUCAUUCCGUCGGAUGAGAGAAGAAGAGACGGAUCUGCUCGUUGAAAAAAUCAGAGAGAUUAGUUGUUCUUCUUCUCCGGUGGUUGAUAUGAGUAAGUUAUUGAUUUCACUUACAAACGGAGUGAUUUGUAGAUCAGCGUUGGGGCGAAGGCACGGUGGUGAGAAGUUCAAAGAGCUAUUUGCUCAGUUUGUAGAGUUAUUGGGUGUUUUCAGUGUUGGAGAUUACAUCCCAUGGUUGUCAUGGGUGGAUCGUUUGAAUGGAUAUGCAGCUAAAGCAGUGAAAAUUGCUGCCGAAUUUGAUGAGUUUCUAGAAAGCGUGAUCGAGGAGCAUGUUGACCGGAAGAGACAAACAUACGAUGUUGGUGGCGACGACGAGAACAAAGAUUUUGUUGACAUUUUACUUGAAAUUCAGAAUGAAAAGGACGCCAGUUUCGUUCUAGAUCGAGAUACUGUUAAAGCUCUAAUUUUGGAUGUGUUUACAGGUGGAACUGAUUCGACAUACUCAACACUCGAGUGGGAACUCAGUGAGCUGUUACGAAACCCACAUGUCAUGAAAAAGCUACAAGAAGAAGUGCGAGAAGUAGCCAAAGGCAAACCGAAGAUAACCGAGGAUGACUUAGAUCAAAUGCAGUAUUUAAAGGCCGUUGUGAAAGAAAAUUUCCGAAUGCACGCACCACUCCCGCUGCUUGUUCCUCGGGAAUCGACCCAAGAUGUUAAAUUAAUGGGGUAUGAUAUUGCAGCAGGGACACAAGUUCUGAUCAACGCAUGGGCUGUUGGGCGAGACCCAAGUUUAUGGGAUGACCCUGAAGAAUUUCGACCUGAGAGGUUCCUGGAUAGUCCGGUAGAUUACAAAGGGCUUCAUUUUGAGUUGACGCCUUUUGGCGCUGGUAGGAGGAAAUGCCCGGGGAUCCAGUUUGCAAUGAGUGUUAAUGAGCUGGUGUUAGCUAGUUUGGUGUAUAGUUUUGAUUUCCAAUUGCCUGGUGGACAAAAAGGGGAGGAUUUGGACAUGAGUGAGACUGUUGGGAUCACAAUUCAUAAGAAACUGCCUUUACUGGUGAUAGCAACUCCAUAUGUCACAGUACUGUAGCUCACGGUUAGCAUGAUCAAGAUUGCAUCUGUACGAGCGUUUAUCCUUCCUGUGUGUUCCUCCGUCCACUUGCAUUAGAAUAACACAAGGAGAAAAUGAGCUAUAUAUAUGGUGGAAAACUCCCAUGAAGAAAUCCCUAAUCUGUUGAAUAAGUUUGUGUAUAUUUUAGUGAUAUAAGUACUUAAUUCCGUCUGAUCUAAGGCUGUGAUGUUUUUUCUAUUAUUGUAAUCAUUUCAAUUGGUUGUACAUCUAAAUGGUUUCAUAUGGGUAUCACUACUAG